GCGGCCGCUGCGCCCCGCACCGGGAGGCUCGAGGCGGCUCCAGGCGUAGCCCAUAGGGAGCGACCGAGCGAGCAGAGUCCGGCGCGGACGGGCGGCGGCGGGCCGGCGGGGAGGGGGAGCCCGCUAGGAGUGUCCUCGCUCCCCGCCGCUUCCAUGAACGGGGUGAAAUAAGCCGCGCCUCCAGCAGGGGCUGCGCCUCCAUGAAUCCCUAGUUGUUGUUUUUUUUUUUUUUUUCCUUUCUCUCCCCGCUCCUCACCCCCCGCCCCGGCUCCCGUCCCGCCUUCUCCCUUCGCCAGCGGCGGCCGCGUCCAGGUGCGGAGUCCAGAGCGGAGCGCAAUGGCGUCUAACCCCGAACGGGGGGAGAUUCUGCUCACGGAGCUGCAGGGAGAGUCCCGAAGUGUUUCAUUUUCUGACAAUGUGAGUGCUGUUCAAAAAUUAGACUUUUCAGAUACAAUGGUGCAACAAAAAUUGGAUGAUAUCAGGGAUCAAAUGAAGAGAGAAAUAAGGAAAGAGCUGAAAAUCAAAGAAGGAGCUGAAAAUCUUAGGAAAGUUACAACAGAUAAAAAAAAUUUGGCUUAUGUGGACAACAUUUUGAAAAAAUCGAAUAAAAAGUUGGAAGAAUUGCAUCACAAGCUACAAGAAUUAAACGCACAUAUUGUUGUAUCAGACCCAGAAGAUGUUACAGAUUGCCCACGGACUCCAGAUACUCCCAGUAGUGACCCUCGUUGUUCCACUAGCAAUAAUAGAUUGAUGGCCUUGCAGAAACAAUUGGAUAUAGAGCAUAAAGUGAAACAAGGUGCAGAGAACAUGAUACAGAUGUACUCAAAUGGGUCUUCAAAGGAUCGGAAACUCCAUAGCACAGCUCAGCAACUGCUCCGGGACAGCAAGACAAAAAUAGAAGUCAUACGAAUGCAGAUUCUUCAGGCAGUCCAAACCAAUGAAUUGGCUUUUGACAAUGCAAAGCCUGUCAUAAGUCCUCUUGAACUUCGGAUGGAAGAAUUAAGGCAUCAUUUUAGGAUAGAGUUUGCAGUAGCAGAAGGUGCAAAGAAUGUAAUGAAAUUACUUGGCUCAGGAAAAGUAACAGACAGAAAAGCACUUUCUGAAGCUCAAGCAAGAUUUAAUGAAUCAAGUCAGAAAUUGGACCUUUUAAAGUAUUCCUUAGAGCAAAGAUUAAAUGAACUUCCUAAGAAUCACCCCAAAAGCAGUAUUAUUAUUGAGGAGCUUUCGCUUGUUGCAUCACCAACACUAAGUCCACGUCAAAGUAUGAUAUCUACACAAAACCAGUAUAGUACACUAUCCAAACCAGCAGCACUAACAGGUACUUUGGAAGUUCGCCUUAUGGGCUGCCAAGAUAUUCUGGAGAAUGUCCCUGGACGGUCAAAAGCUACAUCAGUUGCACUACCUGGUUGGAGUCCGAGUGAAACCAGAUCAUCUUUCAUGAGCAGAACAAGUAAAAGUAAAAGUGGAAGUAGUCGAAAUCUCCUAAAAACCGAUGACUUGUCCAAUGAUGUCUGUGCAGUUUUGAAGCUAGAUAAUACUGUGGUUGGUCAGACUAGCUGGAAACCCAUUUCUAAUCAGUCAUGGGACCAGAAGUUUACACUGGAGCUAGACAGGUCACGUGAACUGGAAAUUUCAGUUUAUUGGCGUGAUUGGCGAUCUCUGUGUGCUGUAAAAUUUCUGAGGUUAGAAGACUUUUUAGAUAACCAGCGGCAUGGCAUGUGUCUCUAUUUGGAACCACAGGGUACCUUAUUUGCAGAGGUUACCUUUUUUAAUCCAGUUAUUGAAAGAAGACCAAAACUCCAAAGGCAAAAGAAAAUUUUUUCAAAACAACAAGGCAAAACAUUUCUCAGAGCUCCUCAAAUGAAUAUUAAUAUUGCCACUUGGGGGAGGCUAGUGAGAAGAGCUAUUCCUACAGUAAAUCAUUCUGGCACUUUUAGCCCUCAGGCUUCAGUGCCUGCUACGGUGCCAGUGGUUGAUGUACGCAUCCCUGAACUUACACCUCCAGCAAGUGAUUCUACAGUAACCAAAUUAGACUUUGAUCUUGAACCUGAACCUCCUCCGGCCCCACCACGUGAUUCUUCUCUUGGAGAAGUAGGUGAAUCUGCUGAAUUAAGAGAUUUGGAUACACCCGGACAGGAUUCAGAAACUGCUUUUGACAUUGAAAAUGACAGAAAUAGUUUACUUCCAAAGUCUCAGUCAGAAUAUGAUUCUGAUAUUCCUCAAUCAGGCCUAAAAUAUAGUGAUAUUCGAGAAAUUGAGGAUAAAAGAUCUCAACAAAUGUUUCAGUUCAAUCUACAAGACUUCAGAUGUUGUGCUGUCUUGGGUAGAGGACAUUUCGGAAAGGUGCUUUUGGCUGAGUAUAAACACACAAAUGAGAUGUUUGCUAUAAAAGCCUUAAAGAAAGGAGACAUUGUUGCUCGAGAUGAAGUAGACAGCCUGAUGUGUGAAAAAAGAAUUUUUGAAACUGUGAAUAGUGUAAGGCAUCCCUUUUUGGUGAACCUUUUUGCGUGUUUCCAAACCAAAGAGCAUGUUUGCUUUGUAAUGGAAUAUGCUGCCGGUGGGGACCUAAUGAUGCACAUUCAUACUGAUGUCUUUUCUGAACCAAGAGCUGUAUUUUAUGCUGCAUGUGUAGUUCUUGGGUUGCAGUAUUUACACGAACACAAAAUUGUUUAUAGGGAUUUGAAAUUGGAUAACUUAUUGCUAGAUACAGAGGGCUUUGUGAAAAUUGCUGAUUUUGGUCUUUGCAAAGAAGGAAUGGGAUAUGGAGAUAGAACAAGCACAUUUUGUGGCACUCCUGAAUUUCUUGCCCCAGAAGUAUUAACAGAAACAUCCUAUACAAGGGCUGUAGACUGGUGGGGCCUUGGUGUACUUAUAUAUGAAAUGCUUGUUGGUGAGUCUCCCUUUCCUGGCGAUGAUGAAGAGGAGGUAUUUGACAGUAUUGUAAAUGAUGAAGUAAGAUAUCCAAGGUUCUUAUCUACAGAAGCCAUUUCCAUAAUGAGAAGGCUAUUGAGAAGAAAUCCUGAGCGGCGUCUUGGAGCUGGUGAGAAAGAUGCAGAAGAUGUAAAAAAGCAUCCAUUUUUCCGGCUAGUUGAUUGGAGUGCUCUGAUGGAUAAAAAAGUCAAGCCGCCUUUUGUACCUACCAUUAGAGGACGGGAAGAUGUUAGUAAUUUUGAUGAUGAAUUUACCUCAGAAGCACCUAUUCUGACUCCACCUCGAGAACCAAGGAUACUUUCAGAAGAGGAGCAAGAAAUGUUCAGAGAUUUUGACUACAUUGCUGAUUGGUGUUAAAUUCCUAGAUACUGUGAAACAAAGCAGACUGACUCACAAGAAGACCUCUUAAAAAUAGCAACCCUUCAUUUGCUCUCUGUGCCACCAAUAGCUUCUGAGUUUUUUUAAACACAUGAAGAUUUGUUUAAAUACUCUUCUAAUACCUUCUUGAAAAGUGGUUUCUCAAUGUAUUUUCAACAUAAAUCUGAGCACUGGAAACAGUUUCAUGGAGUUUAAGCUGAAUGAACAUUGGCCAUGAAAUCUAUCACAAAUGAAUACUUUUGAAUCAAAGUUAAAAAAAAAAAAACCAAAACACUCUUCUACAGUCCCUCGUUUUGCUAUAUGUCUGCUUUCAAUGAAAGGAAGAUUAUUAAUCGGUUAACUUCACUUAGCUAUAUUUUACAAAAAGAAAACAAAAGGGCUUGGGAUGCUAUAACUAUUUACACAUAAUAUGAUUCUGUUUGAACAAGGCAAAUGUUCUUAUUUUUUUAAAGAAAUUACUGUAAUGUCAAAAAAAAUUAGUAGUAGAUUAUGCACAUUUUGGGGGCCUUUUUUAAAUGAAAUGAAUUGAUGUUUUAUAAUUUUUCUAUAUUUAUUAGAAAAUUUUGAUUGCCUUAUCUUUACUAACCAUGUAACAGAGCCUUAUAGCUUUCCAACAGAGCUACUUGCCAAACAAUUUUUUGUUUAUUAAACUAUGCCGAAACUAUGCCGAGACAAACAGGAACUACUAACAUCAGCAUUUACUUAAAAUUUUAAGAGUAAGGACUUCUGAUGAACCUGAACCAAGACACUAUGUCAUGUGUAUGCAUUCCCAAAGUCUAGACAUUCAGUGUGUUCAGUUGUAUCUUCUUCCAAAAUCAGUGAACUGAUCAUUCUUUUUUGAUACUCAUUGUAUAUUUAUCAAUCUAGUUCAUCUUGUUCUUGUGUCUACUGUAGAAGGAAGCUAUAUCUUUUUUAAAACAUAGGGAUUAUCAUUGUAUACAUGCUGUGAACAUGUAUAUGUGCAAGUUGUAAUGUAUUCUAUGUUGUAGGUUUAUUAUUUAAUUUCACCACUUUAUCACUUUUGUACAGUGGCCAAGCAGACACCUCAAACUCCAGCAUAUAUGUUAAAGUGCAUUUGUACAUUUUGGGCCACUGGAUCCAGAUUUUAUAUUGGCAGUUACUAAGGGCAAAAGCAAUAUAUUGUAACAGAAUGUAUAAAUAUUUUUGAUAAAACAGUCUAUAUUUUAUAAAAAUUAUUAUAACACUAAAGCUGUACCUCAAAAGACUCAAAAAUAAUUUGAUCAAGUACUUUUUACAGAGGAUCCAUUUGUGGCUUUUUUUAAUGCUCUUAUAGGAAAGUCUUUUUGCAAACCAUGACUUUUCCACAUGCCUGGAGUUUUGUUUUUUGUUUCUUUUCUUUUUUUGGUUUUUCUCCCCCACCAGUCUAUGAUUUCAUUAUUUUUCCUUAUUUCAAUAACAACAUCUUUCAUUCUAUGUUUUGCAUGUUAGGGUAUCAUACCUCAGGAAUAGCAAGUUGUUAGCUAACCAUACACAAUUAACCAUUUAAUCAAAGUGAUAUCAUGUCAUGAAAAUUAUUCAAGUUUAAAUUCUAUAAGGAACAUGAAAGCAUAUGAAUUUAGAGUUGAGCUAAAAAUAGGUAUGUCAGCCUUGCCACAGUAUGUUGGCAUGUUCUCCUUGUACUCUGAGAAUAAUCAUAAUUAUUCAGAGAUAUUUUAUGCAUUCUUUUCAAAUUGAUUAUUAUCCAAGAUCCUCGGGGAGAAAAUCUUAAACAAUGUAUUGUUUAAAAUUAUUCUAAAACACCAGUUAACUUCAUUAGUAAAGGACAGUAGAGAAUCAUAGCGUAAUUAUAUGGCUUUAAUUUAAACAGUGUUAACAAAAUAUUAAAAAAGAACUCUAAAUACUUUUGAGGUACAGUCUGCUCACCUUUUCUGGUUCUCAAAUACGCAGAGAGAACAAUGUCUAAAAUAGACUUUUAGCUUUGAAAAUUGACAUAGCAUUUUGUAACUACACAGUGUACAGAAACUUUUUUUCUUAAAUAGAAGUCAAUCACUAAAAAAAUUAGAGGGCAGGCUAUAUUCACACAAUUAAGCUGAAGAAAGCACUAAUUUUUUUUCUGUAGUCUUAAAUAUAUAUAUAUAUAUAUUUUAGUCAGAUUAAAAAUUUUUAAACUAUAGAGUGUAAAUAUAUUUUGCUAUUACUGUAUGUGUAAGUGACUGCUAAAGCACUUUGUAAGGAAAUUAGAAUAUUUUAGAAUGGUACACUAUGCAUUCAAAUGAAAUGUGCCUUUAUGUCAUUCUAAGAAAAAAAGUGUUUUUGCAGUCAUAAAUUACCACAAAUGCACAAAUUAAAGUUUAAAUAGAUUGUAAUUUGUAACUUUGGUUUUAAGUAUUAUUUCCUUUUGGAAACCCCUUAUUGGUCAAAAUAUAAGUUGGCUUUAUUUUAAUCAAGAUCUCAAAGGCUAACUUUAGUUAGCCUUCUUGUGUGUACUUUCUGUCCUGGGGAAGGGCUUAAUCAUGAAAAUUUUGAGCAAAGUGUCUACUUCACUGGUAAUAGUGGAGAAUAUUUGCGCUCUAAUCAUAAGGUUUGUAGCAUCUUUCAUUCAGUGGGUGUUUAUGGAAUAUAAUCUGUAUGCUUGACACUAAGGAUUGAAAGGUGGGGUGUAAAAGCAUCAAAGUGUUCAUUAAUGAAGACAUUAGUGCUAAAAUUUGAGCACCAGUAUUAUAUGUACUUUUCUCUUGUUUGAGGUUCAGUUAUUUUAUUUCAGGACCUGGUAUUUCAGAAAAUAGGUAAAUGAAAACAUUACUAUCCAUUUUGUGGUCAUCUUAUUUAAAAAUGGCAAGUAAAAUAUUUUAGAAACAUAAAAUGAUUCAUGCUAUCUCCAUAUGGUAAAUUGAGGUGAUAGUGGAAAUUGCCUUUAGAUGUUGACUAGGAGAAAGCUACAUUAUAGAUCCAAGUCUAACAAAAAUUUUACAGGUGCUACUGAUCUUUGCAAAGCAAGUGAAGAUGAGUAUGAGAAAUACAAAAAGGCAAAGCCAUUCCAUGGAUCAUAAUCUUAAUUUAGAAUGCUUAUUUACUUGCUAACUGUCUUUUGAGGUCUAGUGUUCUCUGAGAUAAUUGCCUUAUAUGUACAUAGAUAUAUAAAUAUGUGUAUUUGUAAGCAUAUGUAUAUAAACUUAUAAAUAACCAUCUAAGUGUCAGAAAUCUUGCAUAAUUUCCACUUUUGUUCUAGUAAUUAGAAGCUCUAGGACUUCCAAUAACACAUGAAUUUGAGGCAUUACUAAUCUCAUUAAAGGUAAGAGUGGUCUCUAACAAUUCAUCAUCCAAGAGUUAAGAUGGGACUAUGUAGAGGUUGGAACUGGAAUCUGAGUCCACCGAGUAGACCAGAGGAGUAGAAGGUUGGAGAGGAUAAAAGAAUGGCAGGGAAAUGGUUUUGGAAAUGCACCACCAAGAUGAAGUGGGAUUGCCAAGAAUGGAUUCCUGUAUCAACACUACUAUGGAGAUAAUAAGCCUUGCAAUAGCAAUAGAAUUUAUAUUCUGUGCUAAAAUUCUCUAGUUUGCAAGUCUAGUUUGCAACUCUACCAACCAGAGAAUCAAAUAUUCUCUGAACGAAAGUUUCUCCAGGAUGAGAACAUAGAGCUCCUACAGAGUAAAACGUUAUACACUGGCAAACAUCACCCAGUUUAUGAGACAGCAAGCCCCCUUCAGUGAGAGCCAACAGAAACCGUGAAUUUAGAUAUCCUCUCCAAAAGAGAUUUCAUGUAUUAGAAUUCUCAAAUACAAAACAGAUAAUAGCUAUGUAUAAAAUGUAAAUAUAUAUCUAAU